AUGGUAAUUACGAGGUGUGUCAUUCAUGUGCAAUGUCGUUAUAAAUUACCAAGGCGAUAUGUUGUGGGUACCACCAGCGAUUUACAAGAGCUCAUGUAUCAUAGACGUCGAAUUCUUCCCAUUCGACGAACAGGUGUGCACACUGGUGUUCGGAUCCUGGACGUAAACAAUGAGAACGAGAUCAAGCUCGAGUUUGAACAAGCCGAAUUAGCAGAUCUUUCCGAAUAUGCGCCGUCUUCUAUUUGGGAUGUGAUUGACGCUCCAGCACAACUGGUGAAUAAACGAAGUCGAAUUGAAUUUCAAGUAAGAAUCAGACGGAAAACGCUUUUCUACACAAUUAUUCUGAUCAUUCCAACCCUGCUGAUGGGCUUCCUGAAUAUCGCUGUCUUCUUUCUACCUACUGACUCAGGUGAGAAGAUGACGCUUACAAUUUCCAUAAUGCUCUCGAUCGUGGUAUUCCUUUUACUUGUAUCAAAGAUCCUUCCUCCUACAUCCAGCACGAUUCCGCUAAUGGCAAAGUGA